GGUGUGACUGGUAAAGCGAUGACUGAAGGUACCACUCGGCCCCCUAGAGGACAUCAGCAGAAGUUCCUGAGUGUGGAGAUGGAGGACAGCAUGAGUACCGCCCGCCUCGCCGACGUUAAAGAGAACCGUAACCAUGACAACAAACACCACCACCACCACCAUCAUCACCAUCACCAUGGCAACCGCCACCACGGAAACCCCUCCUGCAGGGAGGGGAGCGGAGAGGGGGGUGCACAGAACUCCGUCAGGAGUGGAGGAGGAGGAGGUGAAAGAGGAGAGAGAGGGAGUCGCAAACGCCCCCUAGAGGAGGGCACGAGCAAUGGCCACACACACGCGCACACACACACUCACGGCGGCAAGUUCCGCUCCAAGCGCCGCAAGAAGGCCCCGGGCCCGGUGCUGCCCAAGAACGCCCUGAUGCAGCUGAAUGAGAUCCGACCGGGACUCCAGUACCGCCUGCUCAACCAGACCGGACCCGUACAUGCACCGGUCUUUACCAUGACCGUGGAGGUGAACGGGCAGCUGUUCGAGGGCUCGGGUUCGACCAAAAAGAAGGCCAAGCUGAGCGCGGCGGAGCGUGCCUUGAGGUCGUUUGUUCAGUUCCCCAAUGCGUCGGAGGCCCACCUGGCCAUGGGUCGCACGCUAGCAGUGAACGCGGACGCCGACUUCACCUCCGACCAGCAAGACGAGUUCCCCGACACGCUCUUUAACGGCUUCGAGACCCCGGCCACCACCGCGCCCCCGGCUCCCCCGCUCCUCGAUUACCUGGGCGUGUCCCAAGGCGACGCGGGCUCGUUGGCGUCACUAGGCGACCACCCGGUGCCCGUCACUCCCUGCAGCACCUCCCUGGCGCAGCCCGUCCUGCCCGUGGCGACGGUAACCACGGCCACCAGCGGCAAGAACCCGGUGAUGAUUCUGAACGAGCUGCGACCGGGGCUGAAGUACGAGUUCGUCUCCGAGAGCGGAGAGAGUCACGCCAAAAACUUCCUCAUGGCCGUCACCGUGGAUAUGCAAACAUUCCAGGGUUCCGGGCGCAACAAGAAGCUAGCGAAGGCUCGUGCAGCGCAGGCCGCGCUCUCCGGACUCUUCAACAUGACACUGGACCAGACGCCAUCACGACAGCCCAUACCACGAGAGGGGCUACAACUCCACUUACCACAGGUCCUUGCCGAUGCUGUGUGCCGUCUCAUCGUGGACAAGUUCAGUGAACUGACGGACAAUUUCACAUCACCACACGCUCGACGGAAAGUCCUCGCUGGAGUUGUCAUGACAACAGGUACGGAUGUGAAGGAGGCGCAGGUGAUCUGCGUUGCCACGGGAACCAAGUGUAUAAACGGCGAGUACAUGAGUGACAGGGGCCUGGCGCUUAACGACUGCCACGCGGAGAUAGUGGCACGCCGAUCGCUCAUACGAUACCUCUACGGACAACUGGAACUGCUCUCCAGCAACAGUCAUGAGGAGCAGCAGUCGUCAGUGUUGGAACGUUGUGAUCACCAUGGUUACCGGCUGAAGGAGCACGUGCAGUUCCACCUCUACAUCUCCACAUCGCCCUGUGGAGACGCACGGAUCUUCUCACCACACGAAGCCGGAGUAGAGGAUCAGGGUGACCGUCACCCAAAUCGUAAGGCUCGCGGUCAGCUGCGGACCAAGAUCGAGUCGGGGGAGGGGACGAUCCCUGUUCGCACCAGCAACACCAUUCAGACCUGGGACGGAGUGCUACAGGGAGAGAGACUACUCACCAUGAGCUGCAGUGACAAGAUCGCCAGGUGGAACGUGAUGGGUGUUCAAGGCUCCCUGAUGUCCUAUUUCAUGGGGCCGGUCUACCUCAGUAGCAUCAUACUGGGCAGCCUCUACCACGCAGACCACCUGUCAAGAGCCAUGUACCAACGCAUAGCGGACAUGGAGACAUUACCACAGCCCUUUACUCUCAACAAGCCACUACUCAGCGGCAUCAGCAAUGCGGAGGCGCGUCAGCCUGGUAAGGCUCCCAACUUCAGCGUGAACUGGACGGUGGGCGACCAGGGGCUGGAGGUCAUCAACGCCACCACGGGGAAAGACGACCUGGGACGCCCCUCACGCCUCUGCAAACACGCCCUGUACGCACGCUGGGUACGCCUGCACAGCAAGCUGUCCCCCACGCUACUUAUCCAGGGGUCGCGUCCCAGUUCGUACCACGAGGCCAAGCAGGCGGCCAGCGACUACCACGAGGCCAAGCAGGCUCUCUUCAAGGCCUUCAGCAAGGCCGGCCUGGGGGCCUGGGUCAAGAAACCCAUAGAACAAGACCAGUUCUCUCUCAACCCCUAA